GCGGCAGCAUGUGCCGCCAAUACCGAAAAUUUUUGGCAUACCUCUCUUCUACCUCACGAUCUCGUGUCCCACUCUCUCAAACCUCUUGCAGACUUCGAAUGUGUGCUUAGCAACUACACCAGCUACGCCGACCUUCACGCUCUCCUAUAUUCCUGACCAUUCAACAUCCACGGUUCUCAGCAUCAAGCCAUGCCUUCCUCUGAGUCCGACGAGUUUGAAAUAAUCAACGAGCUCGAAGCCAGCCUCUCGCCAGAAGAGCUUGCGAAAGUCCAAGAAUGGCUUCAAUCUACGGACUACGAAGCCCAGUCGAGCGAAUUCCAUCGCCACCUAUCCUCUCAAGCUCCUGGGACUGGUCUUUGGAUCUGCGAGACCUCAAAGUACCAACAGUGGCAGGAGUCGAGUGAGCAUGGAAGCUUGUGGAUCAAAGGAGUUCCUGGUGCUGGGAAGUCAGUGACUGCAGCCUCGAUGAUCCAGCAUCUGCAGAAGACCGAAGGUGUUCCGGUGUUGUAUUUCUUCUUUCGCUAUAUCCUAUCAGCCAACAGACGUCCCCGAAGUUUGGUUCGAGAUUUCCUGGCACAACUACUUCCCUUCAGUAUUCGUCUCCAAGCAACCCUGCAACCACUGAUUGGUAACCCGCUGGACGACUUUUCCGAUGAGAUAUUGUGGGAGUAUCUAUUGACAGGACUAUCUUCCGUUGACAAGGCCUACUGUAUCCUCGAUGCACUGGAUGAGAUGGAGUUACUUCCCAAAGAUAGCUUUCUCGUUCGACUCAAUAACCUAGCCACCUUUCGGCCAAAGGCUGUGAAGCUUUUGAUGACGAGCAGACCAAAGCAGUACCUGCAAAGCAGCUUGAGAGACACCUCGAUUGUUCAUAUCAGCCUUGAAGAUGAUCUGGUGGGGCAGGAUAUUGCCCUAUUCUUGUCAUAUCGCAUCAACGGACUGCUUCCAGGGGAUGACAAACAAGAAUUGCGAAAGUCUCUCGUUUCUGCUAUUUCGGAACGAUCUAACGGUCUUUUCCUUUAUGCACGACUUCUGCUUGAUCAGAUCAUUCCUAAUCUGGGAUCAAAGCAACUAGAUGUCGAGAAAUUGGUAGAGAGCCUCCCCGUCGAUUUGGAGGAGAUGUAUAACAGCAUGCUCUUUCAGCAGGCUGCCUCUCUCAGAAUCGACAUUCAGAUCCAGGUCUUCCUUCUCGAACUAGCCACGCACUCAUCCCGGGCCCUGCGACUGAAUGAGAUGGCAAGUGUACUUGCUUCUGCUUUUCCAGCUUCAAUGAUGCCAGACGCCCCAAAGGCCAUCGCCAGAUCCGCAUGUGCACCGCUUCUCGAAAUCCUGGAAGAUGAAACUGUUUCGGUCAUCCACCACUCAUUCACAGAAUUCCUGUUGAACCACGAUCGAAUCAAAAAUAGAUUUCACAACAACACUCCACGAUUUCCCGUACUCAACCCAGACCAAGCCCACAAAAAGCUGUCAGUCAUCUGCAUAGACUACCUUGGAGCUGGUGGUCUCAGAGUACAUGCCGAUGAUGGAGUCUCACAAUCCAGUACAGCGGUAGACUCUCCCAAGUAUCGCGACCCCUUUGGUGACGAAGGUCAGGAGACUGAUGGGUAUAAUUACCAAGAGUCAAAGCUACGAUAUCCCUUUCUAGAAUACGCAGUUGGUAACUGGGCUUUCCACGCUAGCAAAUACGACUUCGAAGACGACAAAUUUUACACAUCGAUGGCAAACUUCCUGGAUCCUGACAGCUUGGAUUUCAAGAAAUGGCUGAAGCUCGAAUGGAUGAAAGGAGUGGAGUCUUCAAAAAUUGAAGCUCCGACUCCGCUGCAUGUAGCCGCGUUCGCUGGUCUAACGAUGUAUGCCAAAAAGCUGCUCGAAGAAAAGGUGCCGGUUGAUGCUCGCGAUGCCGAAGAUCGCACGCCUUUACACUGGGCCUGCGCACGAGGCCAUACCUCAAUGGCAUCACUUCUGCUCAAGAAUGGUGCAAGCGCUGAUCCAGAAGAUAUUCGAGGUGUAAAACCAAUCCACGAGGCAGCGAGGAGGAACCAUGCCGCAAUUGUGACUGUGUUGCUUGAGGCUGGUGUCCAUCCACUCACUCCAAAGACAAAGGAGAACAUCAAACGACACUUGAAUUGCGGAGAUGUCUCAACCAAAGGAGAAACCGCUGUGGAAUAUGCAUGGCUUCAGGGGCAUACGGAUACGAUAGCCGCUAUGCUGCCAUUUCUCACACCUGAAACCUUGGAGGAAUUGUUCUGCCAGUGCUGCCGUUAUGGAAAGUUUGAGGCGGUACGAGCUAUUCUCAAGGCCACUGACGUGUCACCCAACUCAAAAUACAGUGGCGCCACGGCGCUGUAUCUUGCAUGCCGGGCUCAGAGUGUCGGGAUUGUGGAGCUCCUUCUAGCCAAAGGAGCCGAUGUGCAUCAGACUUCGGAAUGGAAGAUCACGAAUAGAAACGCGUGUGGCGCACGAGUUAGUCAGGAGCCUUUGAGCCUGCCUAUUCACGGUGUAGUGAUGGGCUGGGGGAGAACAAACAACAUUGCUUGUCAACAAAUCUUACGUCUGCUGCUCAAUGCCGGGGCAGAUAUUGAAGCUAAAGAUACCUAUGGAGACACGACCAUACAUUUUCUAUUUAAAGAUCGCAACCGUCUCGGGGCCGAUCUUGUUGUCGUCAGCGGCAUUUUACAGGCUGGGGCAAAUGUGUUGGCAGUCGACGAAGAAGGCGAUUCGGUGCUUCAUCGAUGUCUUCAAAGGACAAAAGACGUCAAAAUGCUAAAACUUCUCUUCGAAUAUGGUGCACGUGCAGAUGUUCUUGGCAAGGGUGGAAACACUCUUCUGCAUAUAGCAAUGAGAAGAUAUUCAUCCACGGUAGAUGUUAUCAAUCUUCUUUUGGAUAUGGGGGCACGUUGUGACGUGAAGAAUAACGCCGGCAUCACGGCAAUAGAAUACGCCGCGGAAAGGCAGGGGUGCAACCUGGAAACAUUCACAUCAUUCCUUCGGUCCUGUGCUGAUGCAGAAACGAUCAAACGCUGCACGUGGAAAUUGUCCACGUGGAUGGAUAAACAAGAUACACCCGGGUAUAUUCGCGUGCUCCAAAAGUUUGGUGUGUCGUUGGAAGAUCGUGAUAGCAUUGGAGCGACUGUCUUGCUGAGAAGUGCGAAGUCUAAGGAGCUCUUUUCUGCUUUCAUUGAAUGUGGCGCGGAUCUGAAGGUCGUUGACUCCAAAGGCAGAGGGGUUCUUCAUUAUUACACCUCCAGUAGUCCCUACGGUGAACCUCAUGAAUGCCUUCAGAGACUGGAAGAAAUGGUAGACAUGGGCUUGGAUCCAAUGCAAGUCGAUUAUGAAGGAAAUAAUUUGCUGCAUCUGCGUGCAAAGAUCUAUAAAGGUGAUGAGGCAUGACUCCGCUUCAUGUCCAUCUUAACAAUUGGGAUGCCAGUAUUUCGACGAACGCUGUCCGAAAACGACUUGAUGAGCGUUUCCAUGAGCGCCAUGAAAUACCUUUACUAAAUUUGUUUCGGAGGAACAAAAAAUCCGUCGAUAUCAAUGAAGCUGAUUCGGAUGGAGUCACUGUGUUCCAUUUAGCUGCGUUACGUUCCGAAACCCGGAUGUAUUAUUUGCUCGGGGAAGGUGCAGAUCCAACCUUGUUGACCAAAAAGG